AUGAUGUAUGUGAUGCAUAAUUUCCGUGCUAUUGCUGAUGCAAUGGCUUCGCAAGGAUGCAGGCGAUGCCCUCAGCACACUACCCAUCAUCAGCCGCGGCAGCACUGCCUCCACUGUCCACUCCGCCGUCACUGCCACCACUGCCUUUUCCACAACCACCACUUUCACGCUGUCAACUUCCUCGUACCUCAAUCUCAACCAUAUUUCCCUCCCUUUCAGAAAACGCAUCCCAAUUUUGAGCCUCUUCAUAAUCAUCAUCAUCAACAACAACAACAACAACCCAUUUAUUCUGAUUCUCCGAUUCCACAAGAGCUGGAGCAUAUAGAGCUUGAUGGUGAGGAAGAGGAUGAUGAUCCAAUUUUUGUUCUAACUGAUGAAUGGAUGGAAUUCUUUGCAAAAUCUGAAGCUAGGAGAAAACUAGAGAAGAAGAAGCAGGGCAAGAAGGGAAAGAAGUAA